CAAACUAUCCAUUAUUGUCGGAUAUAUACAUGCGUAAUCAUAUAUUUCUUCAUGAAGUAAUAUCUCUGACAAAAUGGGUAUAUUCGGAGACUGAGCUAAAUAGUGUUUACUACCCUUUUUCCUAUCAGUCAGGCUCAGCGUACUCCUGGAUAAUAGAUUUUAAAGGCGACGGAUUUGUAAAAGUAGUAUUCACGCAAAUUUCGUUUAAUGUUUAUGAGAAUAUCAAUAGCAUCCCGAAUGCUUGUAAAGACAAAAUACAGCUUCGUGACGCAUUCCAGUUUCGUGACAUAUUCAAUGUUUUUGCGGAGACGGACUAUUUGUACAACAACCGCAUAUCAGUUUUUGAAACGAAACACAGUGAACUAUUGAUGACAUUCACCUCGUGUCGCAUGUUUUCUAAAAUAAUGACAAGGGGCUAUGGAUUCAGAGCUUUUGUCUCCAAACAAGCUAUACCAACAUGCAGAAGCUAUACUAGAAGUGGUUCAAUCAGGACAGAACAAUGCAAAUUGCCGUCAAUGUAUUUGACAUCUUUUUCCAUCUUAAAUCUUCAGUACCAAGGUUUAUCUGAGAAAUGGACUAUACAAAUUAAGAGACACACUUUCUCAAUACAGUUUUUAGACUUUUAUAUACCUUGUUUUGACAAUGCUAAAUUGAUGUUCAUUGAUAGGUUUAUGGAAGGCAAAGUCUUUUGUAAUCUGGCAAAACCUCCAAAAGUGAUUUACUCGAAUUCGGAUAAUGUUUCUUUAGUAUUGAAUAGAUUAUCCAGUGUAGGGCCUAUUUAUAGUAUAAGGCAACGUUUUAAAGCCGUCUACGUAGCGCUAAGCGAGGAAUUGUUAAACAAAGUUGAUGAGCAGUAUACUAACUAUUAUGGUAAUAUCUUUAAUACUUUCAAUACCAUUUUGAUGAAUUAUAUCAUUAAAAUGUUUGAUAAAUUAAAACAUUGACAUCAGGGGAAUGUUGAUGAUUUAAAAGAAUGAAAUCAGGGAAAUGUAGUUGUCUUAAAAGAAUGACAUCAGGGAAAUGUUGACGAUUUAAAGAAUGAGAUCACAGCAAUAUUGAUGAUUUAUAAGAAUGAGAUCAAGGAAAUAUUGAUGACUUAAAAGAAUUA